GAUGUUCAGGCUUGGCUAAGAAGCCUCAGAUUACACAAGUAUGGACAUGCAUUUAUAGGAAUGGACUGGAAGCAAGUCGUACGUAUGUCGGAUCAAGACAUGAUCGAUGCUGGCGUCAACACUCUCGGCGCAAGACGAAAGCUACUUAAAGUAUUUGAA